AUGUCGGGCAGCGAAGACGCCGCGCACUCCAAUCGCGCUCAUCAUCCAUACACACAACGAAAUCCCAUUCCGACCAUCUCCAAAUACCGCCAAGAGCAAGAAGAUCGUAGAGCCAGAGCCGCGGAAACCAACUCACACGAUGAUGGAGCUGAUGGCUCUCCGUUGGACCAGUCUCGGACUGACCGGCUGAAGGAGAGUGUUCGAGGCUACUGGCGGAGUGACGAUAAGGAAGGCGAACAAGAGCAGCAGCAUGGUGGAGCAGGAACCUAUGAUCGAGAUGGCGGGCAGCAUGGUGGAGCGGGAAGCUAUGAUCGAGACGACGGACAGCACGGCGACGACAAUGACACGAAGAAGGACCACGAGCACGAAGCCAACGUCGCAGCGGACACAUCAGAAGCCUCGCCCAUGGCAGUCGACCCGAAAGAGCAGAGGAAGCGUCAGAAGAAGAACAAGGACGAAAGAGCAGAGCGGACGGUCACAGAUCCGAUAACACAUCUGCCGGUGAAGAUCUUUGACUUUACAGCGGAGUCAUUAGAGCAAGUCGAUGAGAAUGAGCCUGCAGUUGGUACCACAGUCCGCACAGCAACGGGCUUGAGCAAUAGACGCAAGUCCAAGAAGGAUCUCGACAACGAACAGCAGGACAUCCAGGAUGGACAUGAUUCCAUAAGUGCUCUGUUCCCACCACCGAGCUUCGACGAGCUCCGUCGAGAACUCGUAUCGGUCAACACGCUUGGGCUCACAGUCGGCCUUUGCGGAGCCUCAGCAAUCAUUCUCCUGGCCCUUGGCGCGGAACGCUUCCUCCGCACUGAAAGGGCCGCUCGUCUCAUUGGCAUCCACGAUCACCAUGGGCUCUUAUUCGGCAGCGUACUUUGGCUUGUCCUAGGACUGCUGAGCGCCGCCAGUAUCUGGGAGCUUAUUGCCGGCGUACGGACAUGGAUUCGCAAUCGCAUGGAAGAUGUCUGGGAGGAGAAUGUCUGGGAAGCCAACCGGGACGCUCGGGAACAAGAGGCUCGCGCGCACGAAACUGAGUCUGUUUCAUGGCUGAAUUCUCUAGUUGGAUCCGUGUGGCCGCUGAUUAAUCCCGAUCUGUUCACUAGUCUCGCGGAUACGCUGGAAGAUGUCAUGCAAGCCAGUCUGCCUAAAUUGGUGCAGAUGGUCAGUGUGGAAGACCUCGGUCAGGGAAGCGAAAGUUUGAGGAUUCUGGGAGUGAGAUGGUUGCCGACUGGUGCUGCGGGCAGAGCAGUCGGUGCAGAUGGAAAGCUACAAUCAGAAGAGGAGAGCGAGAAGAAAGAGGAUGGAGAUAAAGGUCAAGGUGACGAUGGCGCGCAGAAAAAGGAGAUCCAAGACGGCAUGGAAGCUGAGGAGGGAGACUUCAUCAACUUGGAAGUGGCGUUUGCAUACCGCGCGAGAGCGAGCAAGUCGCUGAGUGAUCGCACCAAGGACAUUCAUUUGUACCUUGCCUUCUAUCUCCCCGGCGCCAUCAAGAUUCCCGUCUACGUCGACGUACGCGGCCUCAUUGGAACCUGUCGCAUGCGCUUGCAACUCACGCCUGAUCCGCCCUUCUUCUCCCUCUGCACCAUUACCUUCCUCGGACAACCCAAAGUCGACAUUUCAUGUAUACCGCUUGUGAAGCGCGGGCUCAACCUGAUGGACCUUCCUCUGAUUUCCAAUUUCGUGCAAAGUUCUGUCAACGCUGCUAUGGCUGAGUAUGUGGCGCCACGAUCCCUCACGCUGGAUUUGAAGGACAUGCUGGUCGGGGAUGACUUCAAGAAAGAUACGACUGCGAAGGGAGUGCUGGUUGUGGAGAUUCGGAGAGGAUAUGACUUCAAGGCUGGUGAUGCAUCGAUCCCGCUCAUCAAGAACGAGUCGAGCUCGGAUCCGUAUGUGAGCGUCGCAUGGGCGAAAUUCGGAAAACCAAUGUUCAGCACGAGAGUGUUGGUCAAUGAGAUGGAACCGGCGUGGGUCGAGAGGUGCUAUCUCCUGGUCACUCCGGAAGAGCUGGAUGUGGACGAACGAGUUAGGCUACAGCUUUGGGACUCGGAUCGCUUUACGGCAGACGACGAUCUUGGUAGAAUUGAGCUGGAUCUCAAGAAGGUUAUGAAGUCUGACGAGACGAAUAACAAGAUGCAUGAUCGGACGGACGGAUUCAAGGCGCUAAAGGCUGGAACUGAGAUGCCUGGAAAGCUGGAAUGGUCGAUUGGAUACUUCUCCAAGACACGGCUGCAGAAUUGCCAAUUCCAGCAACAAACUUACGACAAGGAGAUUCGCUCUAUGCAAAACCUUGAACACAAGGCGACACAGUCCUGCGAGCGCAAACUCCGCGAAGCACAGAUCAAGAAGGGACGCCAUUCACGCGAUGCCGAUGAACUCGAACAGCAGCGCAAGCAAGAAUUGAAAUCUAUGGAAGAUGCCAUCGUGAUUUGUGCGCCUCCGCCUGAUGACUACCCAAGUGGCAUUCUCUCCAUUCAAAUCCACAACAUUACAGGUCUAUCUCUCGAAGCAUUGAGCAAGAGCGAUGUCGACAAGAUGGCCAAUCAGGACGACGAAGAGGAGUCUGGCGAAAGCCUCCCGUCCGCUUAUUGCAACAUCACCAUCAACCACAAGAAGAUCUUCAAGACCCGCACGAAACCCAAGAAUGGCAAGCCGUUCUACAACGCCGGUACGGAACGCUUCAUCCCCGACUGGAAGAAUUGCGAAGUCUUCGUCUCCGUCCGCGACGCUCGAGUCGAUGAGGACGAUCCACUGGUCGGCAUUGUGCAUCUUCCGCUGGGAGAGGUGUUCAAAGAGCGCGCGCAAGUGAACCGCACCUACCCGAUAUCUGGUGGCAUCGGCUACGGUCGCAUUCGGAUCAGCAUGGUCUGGCGCAGCAUCCAAUUGCAAGCUCCACCGAAACUUCUCGGCUGGGAAUGUGGCACUCUCGAACUGAGGUCACCGAUCUCUGGGAAGGGCGUACCGGACGAGCUUCAUGGCCUGAAGAUGAAAGUCCACUCCAAUCUCUCAGCUGUCAAACUUCACCCCUCCUCCGCCUCCGACGACGAGGCAGGAGGUCUGACCUGGUCUCCAAGAAAACAAGGCAAGAAAUCCAUCUACCUUCCUUUCCAGAAACGCUAUUCAUCCCCUCUCACCCUCCGCUGGAAAAAGUCCGCCGCCUUGGGUCUGGGAUCCGAUACCACGGUCGCCUUCUCCGUCCUCUGGCUGCGGCACAUCCCCGACGAUGAAGAGAUGACUCUUACCCUUCCGGUAUGGAAAGGCGACUACGACCGCGCGAGCAAGAAUUGUAUGGACUUGGACGACGUAGGCGAGGGCAAAGCAGGGGAGAAGGUCGGAGAUGUGGAAGUCAAGGUCAAAUUCUGGCCGGGACUUGGCGGAAGGCAUCGCAAGUGGGCGGAGAAGGAUGCAGAUUUGAAGAAUGUGGUUGAGGUGUUGGAGUGUGCGAGGGAUGAAGAGGAGAGGAGAGUUGCGGAGGGAAAACGCGGAGUCUUGGCUGAUGGGGUGGGUGAUGAUGAUGGAGAAGUCGAAGGUGGACGAGGACUGGCGGGAGGAGUCGAGGACGGGACUGAUGAGGAGGGAAGCAGCAGUUCCAGCUCUGAUGACGACUCCUCCGAUGACGAUGACGGCAAACCUGACAGCGUCGCUGCCACGGCUGAGGGGCACGAGGACAAGAAGAGUCUCAAAGAAGACGGCCGCCAGAAGACCGACCUCAUCGAUACGGUCAAGGACUACACGAAGGAUCGGGGGAGCAAACAUCGCACGAAUCGGGGUGUCAUGCAGUAUAAAGCUCCUAGGACGGCGAAGUGGGCGUUGGGAAAAGUGGAGGGGCUGGAGGAAAAGGUCAAGGGAGUUUUUGGACGGCAUACUAGGGAGCCGGGGGUCGAGACUGAGGUUUGAUCUAAGGAUUGGUAUGCUCUUUGAAUGUGAUAGAGGCCGACGCUCGAGAGAGGCAGGAGGAGCAGAGACAAGCAAUGAGCAAGGAGUGCAGGAUAUGUACAUCUUGCUGGGCCUGUGGUUGACAU